CAUUUUUCUCUUGCCACCAAAAAGUAAAAAUCUAAUCAGUUUUUUAUUUAUUUUCUAUUAAUCAAAUUUUAUUCUCUUACUAAUUAAUUAGUUGUAUCUUUAAUACGUUCAUCAGUAAAUGUGUAAAUCUUUAUGGGUUGAUUAGUGUGGUGUUGGUUUUAUUAUCCAUUUUGUUUUCUUCAAACAUCUUAGCCUAUUGGAGAGAGAAAGGAAAGAAAAAUCUUCAUCUUCAGCCAUUUAUAAUUUUGUGUUUUCUAUUCUAGAAUAAGAAUUGUCAUGAAAUUGGUUUGGUGAUCAAUCUUUCAUUUUUCUUCUUUAAUUAUUUUUAUUUGUUCCAUUUUUAUUUUGACCUUGUCCUGACAAAUCCAAAGAAUUGAUUAAAGUAAAAAGUAAUCUCCCGGAAACAUCAUCACCAGAAGCAAUAACAUGGCUGCACCAAUUACUUUGGACAAUUGUUAUGUUUCUCUAUUGUCCAUGGCUGAAGGUUUUAAAGCUUCUAAUCCUCCUGAUGUCAAGAGAAGUGUCCAAUGUCUUCAAGCAAUACUUAAUCUUCCAGUUGACCAUUAUACUAUGGCAAAAACUCAUUUACAAAUUGGCUCUUUAAUUAGUAAACAUACAACUAAUAUUGACAUCGCCUGUAAACAUUUUGAAGAUGCUUGGCGGUUAUCUCAUAGUAUACCGGGAGCCGAAGAUAUAAUGUUGGAAUCUAUUGCCAUGUUGGUUAAUGUUUAUGAGAGACAAAACGAGUAUCGAACAGCUAAAGAUAUUCUGUCGAAAGGUUUAGAAGGUUCUUCUAAUCAUGUUUGGUGGCAUUGUAAAUUCUUAUUCCAAUUGGCUCAGAUUCAUGCCAAGGAACAUGAUUACAUGUCUUCGGCCAAUAUUCUCAGUGCUGGAGCUGAUUAUGCUCAAAUGUCUGGUGCCUCUUACACGAGAAUUUUAUUCCUUCUUAGUAAAGGGAUGAUGCUUUUAAUUGGUCGGAGUUAUGUUGAUGCUCAUACGGCUAUUAGUUUAGCCCAACAACUUCUCGAAUCAUGGCAAGGAAAUAAUCAACAGAAAGAAAGUUUAACCGUUUUCUUCCUGAUUCUACAAGUUUGUCAUCACUUGAACGCUGGAAAAGCUAAAAGUGCCAAAUCCCCGUUGAAAAUAUUGCAACAUAGUAUUCAAAAUCUUUCUACUUUCGAUUCAAAAUCAUUAACAUUCUCCAUGACCGAUGAAAGUGGUUUCCAUUGGAUGCCAAAGGAAUAUAUGUGUGUCCUUGUUUAUUUGGUCACUGUACUUCAUUCUAUGCAAGCCGGUUAUAUGGACAGAGUUCAAAAAUAUACAGAAAAAGCUUUGAUGCAAAUUGAGAAGCUCAAAAUGAUUGAUAAUCAUCCAUUGUUACAUACCUUUCAACUCAUUCUUCUCGAGCACAUUUCAAUGUGUCGACUUGUUAUGGGUAAUCGUACAAUCGCUAUAAAAGAAACUGUUCAAGCUAUUCACAUAUGUAAUCGAGAUCAUCGAUUAAAAGUGAGACAUCAACCUGUAAUUCAUUCACUUCUUGGUCUUUAUUCAAUGUCAAUGAAUGUUGGUAACACCGCCGAGUUUCACCUUCGAGCUGUACUCGCCUCUCCCGGAGCAACUGCUGAGCUUAAGGUUCUUGCCUCGCUCAAUUUAUCAAUAGUUUACCUACGAAUGGCAAGACAUUCAGAGUUGAAUGAACUAUUGGUUAAAUUAAAUCCAGAUACCUUACAAUCAGCAUCACAGAGUGUAAAAGCCGCUUGUUUAUAUGUAUUGGGUUUAAAUGCUUUCUUUCAAAAUCGUUUCAACGAUGCUAAACGUUUCCUUCGAGAUACCUUACAAAUGGCUAAUUGUGAGGAAUUAAAUCGUUUGACAUCAUGUUCGCUGGUUCUUCUUGGUCAUAUAUUUUUUGCUCUUGGAAAUUGUAAGGAAAGUAUGAACAUGGUAACUCCAGCCAUGGAAUUAGCAAGUAAAAUACCUGAUAUUCAUGUCCAAUUAUGGGCAACAUCACUUUUAAAUCAUUUAUACGGAUUCUUUGGUAACAGUCUUCAGGCUCAGAAAGCUGAUCAAACGCACAACACUUUCUCCCAACAUUAUAUGAACGAUUAUUAUCAAGCCAGUCAAACACCUGAGCAUUCAUAUAUCAAUUGGACAGGAGAUUAAUCAAUAACUAUUGUUAAGCAAAAUUUUUACUCAAAAGGCACAAUUAACAUGACAUUUCAACUUAUAUAUGCUCCAUUAACACAUCUUCCUUUAUUGCUAACCAUAAGUGAUUAAAAAUCAAUCAAUUGCCGCUCAAAAAUUGAAUUAAAAAAGUCAAAGCAAUUAAGAAAAUCAAUAAAAAAUCAUCAUCAUCAUCUCUCUGCAAUAAGAAUAAUAAUGAUAAUCUCACUUCCACUUGCACUCCCACAAUUUAAACCAUUUGACGCUGAUUAAUCAUAAAUCCAAAUCUCUAUUUAUUAAAUUUAUUUAAUCAAAUGUUACAAAUUAUCUAAUAAAUAAAAAAUUAAUUUUCUUUUCUAAA